AUGGCGCGCAGAGACACGGAUAACGGGGACAUCUACAGGUUCCACUACGGCUCGCGCGAUGUGGUGAUGAUCGACCCAGACGUGAAUCUCGUCGGUGGAGAGGGACAAUCGAUGUCGAUUCUCGACAGGACUGAAGGGGUAUACAUGAAGGGAGGCAGCAUCAAUGUUGUAGGCUUCGGGAGGAACCAGACGAGCUUUCCCUACCUACCUCCAGUCCAGCAACCCCAUUCAGCACAGGGGCACUACCCGUCUCAAGGCGUCCAGUACGGGUAUAGGCGCGCUCCUCCUCCCAACCAUCCUGAUGCACCUCCACAUAGUCAGGCGUAUCCGGCUAACCCGUCCUAUCUACCACCAGGGCGGAGUCAAACCACCGGUGCGAUUCCUCCAUUAGGGCAUUCUCUGCCGAGCGAUCAGAUUUCCUACGGGAGCCCCAACAUGUUCGCCCCUCCUGGAGGCUCCUCAGCAGACUCUACUGCAAGACGCGGAACGCUGCCGCUCCCACAGAUGCCAUAUAACGGCGGGUACCAUUCCCAAGGGUACUAUGUCGAGGAGCCGGGGGAAGAACCGCAAUGGUUCCCGGCGCCUGAACGACACGGCGCCCAUCCAAAUUUCCAUCGCCCCACUCCUAUGAUGCAGUCACGGUCCGAUGGCCCACCCGAUGCUGAUCUCGCUGCUUUCUUGAAUCGACCCCGGCGUGCUCGUGCUAUGAGUGAUCCGGAAGAUGAUUUUCGUAACACCUUCGGCGACAGCGAGGAAAGGAAUGAGAAUGGUGCGAAGUAG